AUGGUGACAUUGCAAGUUGAAAUCGAUACACAAAUUGAAUUUAAACGCACAUUACCUUGGUGGCAAUUACUUGCUAUUGGUCUUGGUGCUAUCAUCGGUGCUGGCAUCUUUGUAUUAAGUGGACAAGCUGCUUCAAGAUAUGCUGGUCCUUCAGUUAUCGUUUCGUUUAUUUUGACUGGUAUUAUAGCUUUGUUCUCGGCUUUAUCCUUUUCAGAAUUAGGGGCAAUGAUGCCACUUGCUGGGUCAGUUUAUACCUAUACUUAUGCAGCAUUAGGAGAAUAUCUGGCAUGGUUCAUUGGGUGGAAUUCAAUAUUACUUUAUUUAUUUGGUGUUAUGACAGUUACAGUUGCUUGGAGUGAAUAUGUUGUCAAGUUUAUUUAUAUCGUGUCUGAUUUCAAUGCAACAAGAGCGAUUGUCCAAGCGCCAUUCGGAUGGAACGAAACUACAGAAGCAUUCUAUGUCACAGGUCAAGCGAUUAAUCUACCUGCAAUUGCUAUUACGAUUGCUAUUACAGUUCUUCUUAUUAUUGGAGUCCGUGAAACAGCGAUGGUCAAUCUUGUAUUAGUUGUAAUUAAAAUCAUUAUUCUCUUGAUUUUCAUUUUCGCCUGUUGCAAAUAUGUAAAUACAAAAAAUUACGAUCCUUUCUUUCCAACCAAUCUCGGAUCAUUUAGUGAAUAUGGAGUAACAGGAAUGCUUCAAGCAUCUACUUAUGUUUUCUUUGCUUAUGUGGGCUUCGAUUCAGUUUCUACAGUUGCUCAAGAAGUCAAGUCACCAGAGAAAUCAUUACCAAUCGCACUCAUAGGAUCCACCAUUAUUUCUCUCGUGUUAUACAUUGGAACAUGUACUGUUAUGGUUGGACUUGUUCCAUAUGCAUCAUUAGAUUCUAAUAAUCCACUAAAUGUAGCCAUAAAAGCUACACCUUUUGGUCUUUGGUUAUCAAUCAUCAUGAAUUUAGGUGGUAUUGCUGGUCUUACAACUGUAGGAAUGAUGGUGAUGCUCUCACAAACUCGGGUAUUCUAUGCAAUGGCUAAUGAUGGCUUGUUACCAAAAAUAUUUGCUAGAAUUCAUCGGAGGUGGAUCACUCCUUGGAUCGCCACUUUGAUUUGUGGUAUCUUUUGUGCGUUUUUUUCUGGUUUCUGUCCCGUCGAUAUUCUUGGUGAAACAACAUCAAUCGGUGCGUUAGUAUCAUAUAUUUUUGCACAUGUUUCUGUCGUAGUAAUGCGUUUCACACAUAAGGAUAUGCCAAGGGGAUUUAAAGUGCCAUGUGGUAAAUGGCUCAUUCCAACUGUUGGCUCGCUACUUAGUGUGCUUCUUUUGAAAGGUGUAUCAAAAGCGACUGGAUUCCGAUUUCUUGCUUGGACACUAUUGGGCCAAGUUAUUUAUUUCUCGUAUGGUUAUUGGCAUUCUAAACGGCGAGAAUUAAGCAGAAAUGAUUCGAUUAAUAGUAUGAUAGAGCUUACGGCUAAUCACGAAAUUACUACGGAAAAUUGCACACCAGGUGAAGUCGACAUGGGUUUAGCCAGUGUACAUUCUGAAAAUCAAGCAUAA